AUGUCGAGUUUCAGAGAUGAAGAUAAAAACGAUAAUAGAAACAUACUGAAUCUUCCAUCUAGUUUCACAAAAAUGGAUGCAAUUCGUGCCUUUGCAAAGUUAAAAAAUGAGUUGGAAAUGAGAAUUAAGCAAGAAAAUUUGAGCGAGAACGAAUUGAGAGAAACUGAAGAAAAAUUAGCUGCAGGGCGUAUGCAAUGUUUAGCUAUUUUAAGUAUGCAUGACAUUACCUGCUGUGGUGAAACUUGUUGUGAUGGAGAUGGUUGUGACAAAGAGAAUUGUGACCAAGAUCAAAACAUCUGUGGUGAAACUUGUUGCGAUGAAAAUUAUUCCAGUGAAGAGUGUUACACUACUGAAUGUGAUUGUAAUGAAUGCAGUGAAAAUGCCGAUGUAUGGAAUAAUCAUAAGGAAAAUUUGUGUACUAAUAACUGUAGUUGCUGUCAAGGAAGUAACUUUAGUGCUACUGAAGAGUGUUUAGUUAAUAACUAUUGUGGAUGCCAAAAUGAGAACGCCCAGAAUGUUGGCAUUAAAAACAUGAAAUCUGAUGAUGUUGUCGAUGUUUUAGAGAACAAUAUGCGUUGUGUCUCUAAUUAUAAUAAGGAAGAUAAAAUUCAUGGAAAUGAAGAUUUGAUGUGUGUAAAAAUUCAGGAUGCUGAGAUACAAGCAGAGGAAUCUUUAAAAGCACAACAUGAUCAGUGCGAAUUAGUUGUGCAAGACGUUGAUGAUGAAAAGAAAAAGGGGCUGUGCGGCCUCGGUUGGUUCUGUUUCUAA